CUUCUUUAUCAAUGCUUGCAGGAACCUGUAAUUUCGUAAACAAAAAUUAGGUUAUGUUGCGGGUACAAAACCUUAUGUUUAGUUGAUUUUGAGACAAUUUUAACGAAAAAAAAAGUCGGAGUAUGGUACGGGGAGGACGCGACAGGAGUCGUUCUCCUGAUAGAAAGCGCCGCCGUUCGCGGUCCCGAAGCAAAGACAGAUCUAGAUCUAGCAGAUAUCGUCGAAGCAGAUCUAGGGAUAAUAGACGCAGUCGGUCUCGCGAGAGAAGGGAACGUGACAGACGUUCUUACAGUCGAGACAGGGAUCGUAGAAGGGGUGACAGUAAGGAGAAGCGCGGUUCUGGAAGCAGCAAAUCUCGUCGACGAGACAAGUCCAGAUCACGCUCCCGCUCAACAGACCGCAAAAAAGGCGAUGAUUCGGGCCUGGCUUUCGACCCGGCGAAUCUCGACAAGGAAGAAGAGCAAAAAAAGCUUGAAUUGGAGAUGCAAAAACGCCGCGAACGCAUCGAACGCUGGCGCGCCGAGCGCAAGAAAAAAGAAGAAGAAAUGAAGAAAGACACUCCGAAUGCAACCGCAUCCACCGACGAAGCCACUGCCAAAAAAUGGUCCUUGGAAAACGACUCCGAAGACGAGGACAAAGACAAGGAGGACAAGGGCGAAGCUAAAGAAGAAAAAGUUGAAGAGGAGACCAACGGUGAAGCACCACCACAAGAGGAAGAGGCGAAAGAGGAAGAGGAAGAGGAAGUUGACCCCUUGGACGAGUAUAUGAGAGGUGUUCAAGAGGAAGUGAGAAAGACGCACAAACUUGAUAUGAAGAAACCCAAAACUGAGUCGGGGAAUAAAAAAGGUGCCUUAGUUAUUGUAACAGGAGUGGCGAAAUCGAAAGUUAAUAAAAAUAAGGGGGAGUUGAUUGAGCAGAAUCAAGACGGGUUGGAGUACUCCUCCGAGGAGGAAAUUGAGGAUUUGAAGGACACAGCCGCGAGUAUUGUGAAUAAGCAGAAGAAGGAGUUGGCGAAAAUUGACCACAAUAUGGUCAGAUAUUUGCCGUUUAGGAAGAGUUUUUAUGUGGAGGUGCCCGAAAUUGCCAAGAUGACGCACGAGGAGGUGGAGGCUUACAAGGAGGAGAUGGAGGGAAUUAGAGUGAAAGGCAAAGGCUGUCCCAAGCCGAUCAAAACGUGGGCCCAAUGCGGCGUCUCGACCAAAGAACUCAACAUCCUCAAAAAGCUCGGCUUUGAGAAACCCACCCCUAUCCAAGUCCAAGCCAUCCCUGCGAUAAUGUCCGGUCGCGAUUUAAUCGGCAUUGCGAAAACCGGAAGUGGGAAAACACUCGCUUUCCUGUUGCCCAUGUUCCGUCACAUUCUCGACCAACCCUCUUUGGAGGAAACCGACGGCCCCAUUGCCAUAAUCAUGACUCCAACUCGCGAACUGUGCAUGCAAAUCGGCAAAGACAUCAAGAAGUUUACAAAGAGUUUGAAUUUGCACGCGGUGUGCGUGUAUGGGGGCACCGGGAUAUCCGAACAGAUCGCCGAAUUGAAACGUGGGGCGGAAAUUAUUGUAUGUACACCGGGAAGAAUGAUCGAUAUGUUGGCGGCGAAUGGAGGCAAGGUUACCAAUUUGAGACGAGUGACGUAUAUUGUGCUAGAUGAGGCGGAUAGGAUGUUUGAUAUGGGGUUUGAGCCGCAAGUUAUGCGAAUUAUUGAUAAUGUGAGACCUGACCGACAGACUGUCAUGUUUAGUGCGACAUUUCCGCGACAGAUGGAAGCGCUAGCGAGACGUAUACUACAAAAACCGAUCGAAGUCCAAGUGGGUGGACGAUCGGUUGUCUGCAAGGACGUGGAACAACAUGUCGUGAUCCUCGAAGAGGAUCAGAAGUUUUUAAAGUUGUUGGAGUUGUUAGGACUCUACCAUGAACACGGCAGUAUAAUAGUGUUUGUCGACAAGCAGGAAAACGCCGAUAUUUUAUUAAAAGAAUUGAUGAAAGCGGCUUACAAUUGCUUGAGUCUUCAUGGAGGUAUUGACCAAUUCGAUCGUGAUUCUACCAUUAUUGAUUUCAAGAGUGGAAAAGUCAAACUUUUGAUUGCCACUUCAGUGGCGGCGCGAGGCCUCGAUGUCAAACAUUUGAUCCUUGUUGUAAACUACGAUUGUCCUAACCACUACGAGGACUACGUCCAUAGAUGUGGUAGGACAGGUCGGGCCGGUAAUAAAGGUUUCGCUUACACUUUUAUUACCCCCGAGCAAUCCAGAUACGCCGGUGAUAUAAUCAGAGCCUUUGAACUCGCUUCAGUCACUGUUCCGGAGCCUUUGAGGAACCUUUGGGACUCGUACAAGUCCAAGCAAGAAGCUGAAGGUAAAAAGGUUCACACCGGGGGUGGUUUCAGCGGGAAAGGUUUCAAAUUCGACGAAAAUGAAGCUGCGGCUGUAACUGAGCGUAAAAAAUUCCAGAAGGCUGCUUUAGGACUCGCUGAUUCUGAUGAUGAGGACUUGGAACAUGAUAUUGACCAACAUAUCGAAAGUAUGUUUGCUACGAAACGCACUGUGAAGGAGAUUAAAGCGCCGCUAGGGUUGAUAAAUCCAGCAGCGAUGAAUACGCAAACGGCGAUGGAUAAGUUGGAAUUGGCGAAGAGGUUGGCGUCGAGGAUCAAUCUGUCGAAAAAUAUCAGUCUGGAUACGAAGUUUGCGACGCAGCAAGCGGCGGAGAGUAUCCUAAAAGGGAGUAGUAGUUCGUUACCGAUUACUGCUAAAACGGUCGCGGAACAGUUGGCGGCGAAGUUGAAUACAAAGUUGAAUUAUCAGCCGAAGGAUGAUGACGAGAGGGACGAUAUUGAUAAUGAACAGACGUUUAGGAAGUAUGAGGAGGAGUUGGAGAUUAAUGAUUUCCCGCAGCAGGCGAGGUGGAGGGUUACCUCAAAGGAGGCUUUAGCGCAAAUUUCGGAAUAUUCCGAGGCCGGGAUUACCGUUCGUGGUACGUAUGUGCCAAACGGUAAAAAUCCUCCAGAGGGUGAAAGAAAAUUGUAUUUGGCCAUUGAGAGCACGUCUGAUAUCGCCGUGGCUAAAGCAAAGGCCGAAAUAACUCGACUAAUUAAAGAAGAAUUGCUUAAAUUGCAAACAGCGGGUCAUCACUCGUUCAAUAAGGCUAGAUAUAAGGUGGUGUAAACAUUUUAUGUUUUGAUCAUACAUAUUUUUAAAUUUAUCUGUAUAGUGCGAGUGUACUAUUUAUUUAAGAAAAUAAAUUUUUUCAUCGA